AAAAAUUUGUUAUCGUAAUGUCAGUGAAUUUAAAAACAAAAACAAACCAAUCAAUCGAAAUAAUCAAAAUCUACAAACAUAAAAAUGUCGCGAAAAAAUUUCUUUGAUAAUAACUUUGAAAAUGAUGUCGGGCACAUGCUUCUUAAUGAUACUUCUACAGGGAUCUCCAAAAUCUUUCAAAACAAAUUAAACGACUAUAUGGAGAAGAAGCUACAUAUGUUAACAACAAAAAUGCAAAGUGAAAUAUUUAACAAUGGCACGGUAUACACAGGGUCAGCUGGUUUAGCUCUGUUCUAUUUAAUGCAUUACUUGAAACACACAAGAGCAGAUGAUAACUACUUGAAGUUGGCCUUGCAAUAUUUAGAUUUAAGAAGUUUAAAAGGUCAUCGUAUUAGUUUUCUUUGCGGAGACGCGGGCCCACUUGCAAUUGCGACAAUAAUUUCCUAUAAAAUGGGAAACAAUCGUCCAAAGAGUUUACCAGAUCAUAAUACAUUAGUUCAAAGGUUACUAGAUCUUAUUUCACUUUUAAAAGAAUCACCCGAUGAACUUCUGUAUGGUGCCGCUGGAUAUUUAUAUGCCCUGCUGUUUGUAAAAGAGUAUGUCCGUGAGCCUGAUGUUAUACCAUCAAAACAUAUAGAAAAGGUGAUUGUUAAUAUAUUAAAAUCUGGAAGAUCGUUUUCGGCACAGAUGAAGUCGGAAAGCCCGCUAUUGUGGCAAUGGCACGAUAAGAUUUACCUUGGUGCAGCGCAUGGUGUUGCUGGUAUAUUAUAUCUUUUAUUGCAAGGUCGCUCUUAUGUAAACCAUCAAGACAUGCGGACAUUAGUGAAGCCUACACUGGAUUGGUUGGCGCGUCAGAAAUAUGCAAGUGGAAAUUUCCCCUCAUCUUUAGGAAGUAGUUCUGGAGACAAGUUGGUGCAGUGGUGUCAUGGUGCUCCAGGUUUUGUUGCCUUGUUCGUUCUAGCUUAUCAGAUUUUUGAAGACAACAAUUAUUUUAAAACAGCUCUUCAGUGCGGCGAAGUUAUUUGGCAGCGUGGUCUGUGCACUAAAGGUUACAGCCUCUGCCACGGCGUCAGUGGAAACGCGUACUCUUUCUUAUAUUUGUAUCAAACUACCAAAGAUCCUAUUCAUUUAUACCGUGCGUGCUGCUUCAUGGAGUGGUGCGCGGUGGAGAUGCCGGACACGGAGCAGCACGCGCCGGACAGACCCGCCUCCUUGUUUGAGGGUCUGCUAGGACGACUCUACUUAGCUGCUGACAUCACAUCUCCGGAAGACGCCACGUUUCCCGCUUUUUCAUUGUAGAACCCCAUUUAAAAUGUUAUACAAAGUAUUGUGAUCUAUUUUUAAUUUAUUGCAUUUUAAAAAUAAAUGUUAAUGCUUCGUUUUUUCAUCUACUCAA